AUGAAUUGACACAAUCGUGCCUCGUACAUACAACUUUUUAGGCUAAUGUAUCAAGUUCCGAUUUACUGAAAUAGCGGCGCAAUAUAUAAAGAAAUAUUCACACUUAUAUUAUUUCGUGACAUGGCACGCGAUAACCAAACAAAUACACUCGAAUUGCACAUAAAAGUAAAUGAGCAAAAUUUAUCAGCAAUUUCGGAAAAGUCUAAUACCGGCACAUUACGGAUUCCUUCCGAUCCAUCUUGGCCUAAAAUACCUCCACGUCAUCCAAGUAACAAUAUCGAUGACAUUAUUGAACCUCCAUGUGUGAUCACUUUGACAGAAAGUCCUAGAAAAGGUCGUAAUAUAGUCCAAACUGUUGCAAGUCGACACCUCAAAUCCAGAUUAAAUCAAGGAUGCGAAACAAUCACACAUAUACCGAAAAGACUGCCUAGCUGUUCUGAUCCUCGUUUCAGAAGACAGAUAUCGCGGCAAAAGGCUGAGAAACCAGAUGAAUUUUAUGCCACAAAAAACGAUGAACAAACGCCAAAGUUAGACACACGUGUCACGCAAGGAACUGAAAAGCUUGCAGAUAAUUUAUUAUCAAAUACUACAAAAUCGGCGAACAAGAUCACCGAUUAUCCUGUUGAUGAGCAAUCCAUUUUAGAAGCGAAACAUUGUUCAACCUUGCAGUAUGCGACUAACGAGCGAUAUGACGUUGGAAACAGAUUUUCUCAAGAACAGGAAAAAGAGACUAAUAGGCCGCUGUUUUUAAUGGUUAAUGAGAAGAGGAUACACGCGCUACCUGUCAAUCCUGUUAACGUAGAAACUGCGUCCGCGCAGUCACUGCAGUGUUACAACGUUCAAAUUCCUGUAGUCGCAUAUCGCGAUAUACCUUUACAAAUAUCAAGUGUGCCUACGCAAAUGGAAAAAGAUGUUCAAAUGUCGUCUGUGUGCGAAAAUGACAGUAAGAAAGGGCAAGAAAUUGUCGAGAAUAUUUGUACAGGAUUGACGAAGAAUACCAGUUCGAUGUAUAGCUUCAGGGAGUCUAAGAAUGAAAAAUAUCCACUUGAUAGUAAUGAAUUUUAUUAUUUCAAUAAAAUAUAA